GUUUAAAGUUCUUCAAUUUUUACAUUUAGGGUGUUCACAGUUCUAUAUUAUCUGAUGUGUUAAUUUUGCCAUCUGUUAACUUCAAAACAUUUUACCACGUGGUAACUUUGUUUGUUGUUGUUUCCUAUACAAGUUCGAAAUAACAGUCUUAGGCAAAAUUACUCUACUUUACUUCGUGUUUUUGUUUCCUGGUAAAGUGGCAACUUUGAUCAGCUGACUAUUCGCGUUUAGAAAAAAUGGAAAGCAACACAGAAAUACAGAAGGUAAACGCAAUUCGCAAUAUUUUUAUAGCAAAUUAAUUUUUAAUUCUUGAAUAAAAAUGUCUCAUUUAAAUGGAAAGCAAAAUAUAUUGAACGCACUCAGCUACAAAUGUAUACUGGACAUAACCGCUAAUGAUUCUAGCAGUGACGAAGAGGAUGACGAUAUCCUAAUAAAAUUUGCCAUUGAUGCAGCGCUUAUUAUAGCUAAUCGGAGAAGUAACCAUUUGGGUAUACCAAAGUCUUCGCAAUGGGUCAAUAAUGUUCUUCCCAGAUUUGAUAGUGGCCGCAUGCGACAAAUGUUGCGCAUAGAAUUCUUUGAGUUCAACUAUAUAUUAUCCUUAAUCAAGCAAGACCCUGUUUUCCAAAACAAAAAUUUUGUUCCACAAUUACCAAUCGAUCUUCAACUAAAGAUAACACUUUUUCGUCUGGGAUCAAGUGGAGAGAGUGCCUCUAUUAGAAAGAUUGCAACAUUGUUCGGAAUAGGCGAUGGCGGAACAGUUACCAAAGUGACAGAGCGGGUUAUUACCGCAUUGAUUAAUUUAAAAUCUACAUUUUUAUAGUGGCCAUCUAGAGAAGAAAGGCGAAAGAUUGUCACAAAAACAAUGAAAGAGCUUCCAGGAUGUAUUGGCUAUGUUGACGGUACUGAAAUCAGAUUAGCAGAGUCGCCUUCAAAAGAUCACGAACUAUACUUCUCUCGCAAAAAACAGUAUGCCAUAAAAAUGCAAGUAGUAUGUGACUAUUCACUAAGAAUUAGACAAGCGACAAUAGGAUACCGAGGAAACGUGCAUGAUGCUAAAAUUUUUGCCGAAUCUGCAAUAGGUAAAAACCCACAAAAUUAUUUCUGUCAUCGGGAAUGGAUUGCUGGCGAUUCGGCAUAUCCGCUAAGCCAACAUCUUAUUACACCUUUUCGACAAAACAGUAUUGAGCAGUCAAAAGAAAUGAGAGAUGCAUUCAAUCAAUAUUUCUCUAAAUAUAGAGUACGUGUAGAAAAU